AUGGCAGCUCUGUGCUCCGUUCCGCCACCUGCUGGAAAGCUGCGGAAUACCACGAAGGUCCUCACCUCCAGGAACAAGAAGGCAAACUCACUGCAGAUGCAGAUCCACCUCACACCUUCCUUCCAAAAGCAGAAAAUGAAGUGCCAGCGCCCACCCCACCCGCAGAAGGUUGCUCCGGACGAAGCCUUUUCUUCCUUGUCUUUUUUUAAGCUACUAUUUCUUGUUUCAGAUGAAGAGGAAGCCUCCCCGCCUAGUGCCGUGCCGCCAGGUUUGGGUAGUCGGGCCCUGGAGAGAAAAGACUCAGAAUGGUCCAUCGGGGAACCACCUGCCGGGGAGGAACCAGACAAGCAGAAUGCCAACUCCCAGAUGUCCACCUUGUUUGUGGAAAAGCCUCAAACAGGAUCAGUGAAAGUGGGAGAGAAUAUUACCUUCAUUGCCAAAGUGAAGGCUGAGGAUCUUCUUCGAAAGCCCACUGUGAAAUGGUUCAAGGGGAAAUGGAUGGACCUGGCCAGCAAAGCUGGCAAACACCUGCAGCUGAAGGAAACCUUUGAAAGGCAUAAUCGGGUGUACACGUUUGAGAUGCAGAUCAUUAAGGCCAAAGAGAACUAUGCAGGGAACUACAGAUGCGAGGUCACCUACAAGGACAAGUUUGACAGCUGUACAUUCGAUCUUGAAGUGCACGAAUCCACUGGGACAACUCCAAACAUUGACAUCAGAUCUGCUUUCAAGAGAAGUGGUGAAGGUCAAGAGGAUGCAGGGGAACUUGACUUUAGUGGUCUCCUGAAACAUAGGGAGGUGAAGCAGCAGGAAGAAGAACCCGAAAUAGACGUGUGGGAACUGCUGAAGAACGCGAAUCCCAAUGAGUACGAGAAGAUCGCCUUCCAGUACGGCAUCACCGACCUGCGCGGCAUGCUCAAGCGGCUCAAGCGCAUGCGCAGGGUGGAGAAGAAGAGCGCAGCUUUUUCCAAAAUCCUCGAUCCUGCGUAUCAGGUGGAUAAAGGAGGGAAAGUAAGGUUUGUGGUGGAGCUGGCAGAUCCGAAGUUGGAGGUGAAGUGGUUUAAAAACGGUCAAGAGAUUCGACCCAGUACAAAAUACAUUUUUGAGCACAAAGGAAACCAACGCAUCAUGUUUAUCAAUAACUGUGCACUGACAGACGAUUCGGAAUAUUACGUGACCGCCGGCGAUGAGAAAUGCUCCACUGAGCUCUUCGUCAGAGAGCCUCCAAUUAUGGUGACAAAACAACUGGAAAACACCAGUACUUACUGUGGGGAGAGAGUGGAAUUAGAAUGUGAGGUGUCUGAAGACGAUGCCAAUGUAAAAUGGUUUAAGAAUGGUGAAGAGAUCUACCUCGGUCCCAAAUCAAGGUAUCGUGUGAAAGUUGAAGGCAAAAAGCACAUUUUGAUCAUAGAAGGAGCAACAAAGGCCGACACAGCUGAAUACUCAGUAAUGACAACGGGAGGACAGUCAUCUGCUAAACUCAGUGUUGACUUGAGACCUCUGAAGAUAUUGACGCCUCUGACUGAUCAGACUGUGAAACUUGGGAAAGAAAUCUGCUUAAAGUGUGAGAUCUCUGAGAACAUCUCAGGAAAGUGGACUAAAAACGGCCUCCCUGUCCAGGAGAGUGAACGUCUAAAGGUGGUUCACAAAGGAAGAAUCCACAAGUUAGUGAUAGCCAAUUGUCUCAUAGAGGAUGAAGGUGAUUAUGUCUUUGCACCUGAUGCCUACUCUGUGACCUUGCCUGCCAAAGUUCAUGUUAUCGACCCUCCUAAGAUCAUCCUGGAUGGUCUUGAUGCGGACAAUACAGUAACAGUAAUCGCAGGAAACAAGCUUCGUCUUGAGAUCCCAGUCACUGGAGAACCACCUCCUAAAGCCCUUUGGAGCCGAGCAGAUAAGGCUAUUAUGGAGGGCAGUGGUCGGAUAAGGGCAGAAUCCUACCCUGACAGCAGCACCCUGGUCAUUGAUGUGGCUGAAAGGGACGACUCUGGAGUUUACCACAUCAAUCUCAAGAAUGAAGCUGGAGAAGCACACGCGAGCAUCAAGAUCAAAGUUGUGGACAUCCCUGACCCUCCAGUGGCACCCAAUGUUUCCGACGUCGGAGAUGACUGGUGCAUCAUGAACUGGGAGCCUCCUGCCAACGAUGGAGGGUCUCCGAUCUUAGGAUACUUUAUUGAGCGGAAAAAGAAGCAAAGCUCCAGGUGGAUGAGGCUCAAUUUUGAUCUCUGCAAAGAAACCACGUUUGAGCCCAAGAAGAUGAUUGAAGGUGUGGCCUAUGAGGUUCGCAUCUUUGCUGUCAAUGCCAUCGGGAUCUCUAAGCCCAGUAUUCCGUCCAAGCCGUUUGUUCCUUUGGCUGUAACCAGCCCGCCCACUCUGCUGGCGGUGGACUCUGUAACGGACAGCACGGUCACAAUGAAAUGGCGACCCCCGGACCAGAUCGGAGCAGCAGGUUUAGAUGGCUAUGUACUAGAGUACUGCUUUGAAGGAAGUACAGCAGCAAAACAGUCUAAUGAAAAUGGGGAGGCUGCGUAUGAUCUACCAGCUGAAGACUGGACGGCUGCCAGCACAGAUCUGAUCGACAAGACCAAGUUCACCAUCACGGGUCUGCCCACGGAUGCAAAGAUCUUCGUGCGCGUAAAGGCCGUGAAUGCGGCUGGCGCCAGCGAGCCGAAGUACUACUCGCAGCCCAUCCUCGUAAAGGAAAUCAUAGAGCCUCCAAAGAUUCGCAUCCCAAGACACCUGAAGCAAACCUACAUCCGCCGAGUUGGAGAAGCCGUCAAUCUGGUUAUCCCUUACCAGGUUAACAUGGAUGAAUUGGAACAACUCAACAACAGGGAGGAAACAACAAGGAUCUACACCAAAGAAGAAAUGCUUGAAGAUUCUUUCUGGUCCUGGAAACCUCUAGACCGGCCUGGCCCACCUCAACUUGUGAAGAUCGAAGAUGUCUGGGGAGAGAAUGUUGCUCUCACCUGGACACCACCGAAGGAUGAUGGGAACGCUGCCAUCACCGGAUAUACCAUCCAGAAGGCGGACAAGAAGAGCAUGGAAUGGUUCACUGUCAUUGAGCAUUAUCACCGAACCAACGCCACCAUCACCGAACUGGUCAUCGGGAACGAGUACUACUUCCGGGUCUUCGAAGGGACCAGGAUUCCGUCCCGGGCCUGGCAUUCCGCCACGAAAGUGCCUGACUGCGGCUUUCGGAUUGCAUGUAAAGUCUACAAAAACCCAGUGUAUGAUGACUUCGACUUCACGGAGGCGCCCAUGUUCACCCAGCCUUUGGUUAACACCUAUGCCGUGGCUGGUUACAAUGCCACCCUGAACUGCAGUGUCAGAGGAAAUCCUAAGCCCAAAAUAACCUGGAUGAAAAACAGAGUUGCUAUUGUGGGUGACCCGCGUUACAGGAUGUUCAGCAACCAGGGCGUCUGCACGCUGGAGAUUCGCAAGCCCAGCCCCUACGAUGGAGGCACCUACUGCUGCAAGGCCGUCAAUGAGCUGGGGGAGGUGGAGAUGGAGUGCAAACUGGAGGUGAAAGGUGGGCUCUCCUUCUGCAGGCUCCUCUUGCAAGGUGUGCCUCCUAACAUAAUUGAUUCGUAUUUGCGAGAUUUACAGUCAAGCACUCCUGAAGAAUACUAAGGGCCUGGGCAUUGCCCCGUUACACGCCACGGCGUUGCGGUCCGGUUGCAAUGAGAGUGUUUUCCGCAUUUCCACCAGGCACCCAGGGGCGGUGGUUUUCUUUCCUCCUCGCGUU